GAAUUAGGGUUUUGUGUUUCUGCAGCAGUUGGGAGGAGGCACUGUGGCAGAAGUCCUAGGAGUGUAAAACAGAGACGCAAAAUGAAGACGAUCUUGUCGUCUGAGACCAUGAAUAUUCCCGACGGCGUGAGCAUCAAGGUUCACGCUAAGGUUAUCGAGGUUGAGGGCCCUCGUGGAAAACUCGUGCGAGACUUCCACCAUCUGAACUUGGACUUCCAACUUAUUACCGACGAUGGCGGUAAAAGGAAGCUCAAGAUUGAUUCUUGGUUUGGUUCUCGUAAAACCUCUGCCGCCAUCCGCACCGCCCUCAGCCACGUUGAGAAUUUGAUCACCGGCGUCACCAAGGGAUACCGAUACAAAAUGAGAUUCGUGUACGCUCAUUUUCCUAUCAACGCUAGCAUUGGCAACAACAGCAAGUCCAUCGAGAUCAGAAAUUUCCUCGGCGAGAAGAAGGUGAGGAAAGUGGACAUGCUUGAGGGCGUGUCGGUUGUUAGAUCUGAAAAGGUCAAAGAUGAAUUGGUCUUGGAUGGAAACGACAUUGAACUUGUUUCUAGGUCAUGUGCUCUCAUUAACCAGAAAUGUCAUGUUAAGAACAAGGAUAUCCGGAAGUUUCUUGAUGGUAUUUAUGUAAGCGAGAAGGGAACAAUAUUGGAAGAGUAGAGGAUGAAAACAUUUGUGUUGGUUUUUGGUUUGGAGACCCUUUUUGUUAACUUGUUGAGAUAUGAUUUUACAAUUUGUGUUGUCAAACUUUUCCUUUUGGGAUUUUUUUAAAAAAAAAUUUAUUUCUAUAUAUGCUUUGGUGUUGAAUAUUCUCUGGAAUUAGUAAUCUUUCAUGCAUUUCUAUAUAUGCUUUGGUGUGGAAUA